GAUGGCAGUGACGGAAGAUGGCAACAACAAAAGGGAGAUGGCGAUGGUGUGCCCGUCAUCUGCGGCCUUGCCAAGUGGAGUAAGAAUGACAUAGAGUACGUCAUAGACAUUAGGCAAGGCUUUGGAGGCCGUAAAGCACACGAAGAAGCCUAGAAUCCAUACUUUCAUUGCCACAAGUGAGAUCCACAUGACGGCCAAGCUCAAAAUGACCGAGGAGCAAGUGAUGCAGAAGGCAACUAGCAUGGUCAGUUUUGCCCGGAGCCUGGUCUGGAUGCCCCGAUGUCUAAUUCAGCCCUGAAGAUGCGGGCAGAUCUGAUAGGGAGUUUCUUUAUCAAAUACUUGGAGAAGUUAUCAAAGCUGGAGCAACAACCCUUAAUAUCCCCGGUACCGUUGGUUAUACAAUUCCCUCAGAAUUUGGACAGCUGAUUGCUGAUAUAAAAGCCAACACCCCUGGAAUUGAAAAUGUUAUCAUUUCAACACACUGUCAUAAUGAUUUAGGGCUUGCGACUGCGAACACUUUAGCUGACUCAGGAGCAUGUGCGAGACAGUUAGAAGUGACCAUAAAUGGCAUUGGUGAGAGAGCUGGAAAUGCUUCAUUGGAGGAGGUGGUCUUUACACUGGGGAAAAUACACAAAACAUUAUGAUGACAAGCAAGAUGGAUGGAAUGCUAAAACAGGAAUACUUAUAAGAUAAUAUCUCCACAGGAUAUCGGGCUUCGUCGGGAAAAUGAAUCUGGUACUGUCCUUGGGAAACUCAGUGGGCGCCAUGCUUUGCAAGCGAAAAUCAUGGAGCUUGGUUAUGAGAUUGAAGGAAAGGAACUGGAGGACCUCUUUUGGCGUUUUAAAUCUGUAACAUGUGGUAGGCAUGGCCUUUCAACCGCAACUGUUAAGCUCAUUGAUGCUGAUGGUGAAGAGCACAUUGGCUGUUCUGUUGGGACAGGCCUUGUAGAUGCCGCUUAUAAGGCGGUUGAUCUAAUUGCAAAGGUGCCAGUAACUCUCCUUGAGUACUCCAUGAGUGCCAGUUACUGAAGGUAUUGAUGCCAUAGCGACCACUACUAGAGUUCUGAUCCGGGAGAACCUAACAUCUACCAUGUUUUAACUGAUGAGAAUGCCAACCGUUCAUAUAGGUAUGUGAGAAAGCCUCCUAUGUCUUUGCUUAUAUACCCAUUAUAUUGAAAAGAUCGAAUCCAAUCCAUCACUAGUUCAACUCAAGAGCUUAUAUACC